AACCCACUGGUGAUUAUGGUAGCGUUGCUGGUGUGCUAGGCGCAACAAUUUUUGUUGUGAAAUUCUUCAAUUCUCCUCUCCCGUUUGCCUCGGUUCUGUUGUUUUCCUCACUUUGGAUUCUGUUCCGGUGCGUGGUUGCUGAUGACUGCCGGGUUUGUGGUUUCUCUCGAAGUUGUUGUCGUUGGGUCUGUGGGCGGUGCAGUUGGCAGUUCUUCUCUAUGGAAAUUUAUUCGUUUUUAAAUUAUUAAUAGUUUUUUCAUUUGGGGUUUGCACGUAGGCUGAUCUGAGAAUUCGAAUCAGUAUCUGUGGUGUCGGGUUUUUGAAGUUGUUCUCUGGUGAUUUACGCUGAGUGGGAGUGGUGAAAGACAGUUAUAUUUUCUGAGCCAGAGAGCCUGUUGGUUUGCCGCGGUUAUUUGUGUUUUGAAUAUCUUGGUUAUCUUGUUGUGGGGGAGUGAGUUUUCGCUCGUUUUAGGGCGUAGCGGCAUAAGUGAAUGUGCUCUGGUUGUGGCGGUGAUGCAGAGGUGAAGGAGAUUGCUAUUUGAGUGAAAGUUGGUCAGUGUUCAUUUUUUUUAAUUUUUUAUGUUUUCACAUUUUCCGCUACGCCAUAAGUGUUCAGCAUAAGAGAAGGGUGAAAAUGCCAGCUUCAGCAACAUGGGCUCGGCCCGAAGAUCUUGUGGAAGGAUUAAGCUCUCUAGACAACACGGCCAGACUCAAGGCGCUGCGGGAUGUGAAGAAUCAAAUAAUUGGAAACAAGACCAAAAAGCUUUCCUACAUAAAGCUGGGGGCCGUGCCGCGGGUGGUGGAGAUUUUGGCAAGCGACACAGACAUUCCGCUGUUGGUGCAGUCAGCUGCCGCCGUGGGAAGUUUUGCAUGUGGGACUGAUGCGGGAGUGAGGGCUGUCCUAGACAGCGGCGUGUUGCCACAUCUGCUAAAAAUGUUGCAAAAUGGAGACACCAAGGUUGCGGAAACUUGUGCUCGCGCACUUAAAAUGAUCUUUCACUCGCCUUUGGCUCCAAAGAGCGAUAUGUUUCAAGGACAUCGCAUGGAACUUCUAUUACAGCUUCUGAAUCAUGAUAACGAGAGUGUAUCAGAAGUUGCAGCUCGUGUUCUUGCUAGGUGUUGUGAAACCAAGGAGCACCAGCAAGCGCUUGCGGACGCUGGUGGCCUUCAGAGCCUUGUGAACCUCUUGGCAGGAACUAUUAAAAUUCGAGAAGCUGCUCUCGAUGCAUUGGCAGCGUUAACGAAAUGCAAUGAACAGCUGUCAGAAAAAUUAAUCAAGAUGAACAAUGGGGAUUCUUUGGCUUCAAUCAUUAGGCUUAUUAAAUAUAAGUCUCCUUUAACGCGAUUGCUGGCAUGUAUGUGCUUGGCAAACGUUGGAAAGGCUUGUUCUGCUGGUUACGCUCAAGAGGCUGAAGUUCGAGCCAGUAUGUUGGGCAUCUUGAUGAAGCUGUUGGAAGUUCCUGGUCAAGUUGGACAGGAUGCUCCAGGUGUACUAGCUGAUUUAGUGGCAAAUAAUGAAGAGUUGCAGAAAACUGCGGCUGAUCAGAAUGCAGUUGAAAAAUUAGCCGAAUUCCUUCUUCGGGAGGAAGUUCCUUCAAAACAGCUGGAGGGAGUGCUAUGGGGGCUUAGUGAACUCUGUUCUGAACUCGAGGAGAGCCGACGGCAGCUUUUGGAAUUGCAGGUACAAGGGUCUCUUGUCGCAGCUUUGGUUCAUCCUUGUGAAGGGGUUAAGGUGGCCGCAUGUUCUUGCAUUACUAGUCUCUCUCGGUCAGUCAAGAAUCUGCGCACUAGCUUGGCAACUGAGCAAUUUGUUCGGCCUUUACUUCAACUUUUGAAUGAUCCUUGUCCAGCAGUUCAGGUUGAAGCCUUGACUGCUGUUGGAAAUGUAGUCCUUGAUUUCACUCCACAAAAGUUGGUGUUCAUGCAAACUAAUGGCGUUACUCAGCUCAUAAAUCUUGCACUAUCUAUGGAACAUACUCUCAGACGGAAUGCAGUUUUGGCUUUGAAGAAUUUGUUGUUCAUGGCGGACAUCACAAUGAAGCGUCGGGUGAUGGAUGAGCUAACAGUUUCCACUUUGUGUGACCUAAUUCGAGACCCCGAAGAGGAAGUGCAGGAGCAAGCAGUCUCUCUUCUGCGAAAUCUUGUUCACGGGGAUCCAGGUUUUGUUGAUCAAAUCUUUCCUGAUGGAAGCAUAUUAUUUCAGGCCAUAGAGAAGCAGCUCAUCAAUCCUCGUCCUCAGAUAUCUAUACAGGCCCUCUAUGUAAUGAACAAUUUAGCAUGUGGAAGCGAGGUGCACAAGGAGUCGGUUCUGGCAUCAAUCCUUCGUUCUCAAUCGGCAAACGACACUUCCUGGCUUUCUCAUUUUCUGCAAGACACGAGCAACCCUCAGCUCAGAGUUGUAGCUGUGGUGUGUAUCAACAACUUAUUGGACCCUGCUGGAGAUGGUAUUAGCUCGCGUAUGGUGAGGCUACGGGAAGCAGGGGUGGAGACACAGCUGCGCAAGAUGGUAGAUGAUACAUGUUUGGACGUCAAAUAUCACGUAAAAGCAGUUUUGGAAUGCUUCACACCUUCCAUUGUUACAUUUCCGGAACAUUAAUUUGUGCUUACGAGGGCAGCGCUUCACGCAGCUGACGGAACUUUCAGCAUCCUCCUUUACAUGAAUUCACUAUGGAAUAUAGUGAGUGGUUGGCCUUUUGGGCUUUCGAUGUGUGCAGUCAAUCGUGUGGGUCCUUUCUCAGUUCCCCAGCUGGGGAAGGUUCAUCCAGCUUUAAAAGAUGGCCAUGUAGGCGGAAGCUUUCAGCGGCAUCAGAUUAGGAUUUUCAGUUUUAGAGUUUAGUGAUUAGGUGAAGCUGUCGCUUUCGAAGUGUUAUAUAGUAGUGUCUGAGCUAAGCUUGUCUGCGGCGUAGGAUUCAGAGAUGCUGCAGCUUAUCGUUUUGUAUGGCUAAAUGAUUUAGUCCCACUUAGUUCAUCGUCACUGUUCAGAACGAGCUUCUGAGCUUCUGCUGUUGGAUUUUCAGUUUUUUAUUUUUUUUCUCUGGAUCAGGAUCCUCCAUGAUCUUGUGCGUUUCAAAUCCUAAUGCACCUGCUGGAGUAUCUAGAUUUGUAUUCUACAGAAUCCCUGUUUUGAAUUCAGGAUUCAUUGUUUAAUUAUAGCACUGUCGGACCUUCAUGACA